AUGGAAAAAAAAAAAAAUAGUAGAGUAUCUUCUACUUUUAAUGAAAAAUUAAAUUUCAAUAAAUCUUAUUUAGAUUUAAGUAAUUAUAGCAAAGCAAAUUAUAAUAAGCAAAACUCAAUAAAUAAUACAAAUGAAAUUUGUGAAUUUUUCACUAGUAUAACAAUUAAUCAAAAAGAUUUAAGCAAAAAAUAUGAGCAGUUGUUUUCAUUAAUUAAAAAGUUUGGAAAAGAAAUUAAGUAUUUACUCAACAAAAAUGAUGAAUAUAAUAAUUUACUCAUUGAUACAAAUGAAUAUAUUAAAAAAAUAAAAACAAAAUUAAAUAAUUCUUCAUACAAUAAUUUUGAAAAUAUUGAAGUAGAAUUAUGUGAAGAUACAAAUAACAUUGAUAUAAUAGCAAAAUUAAUAACGUAUCUUUUUAAAGAAGUUGGUUAUUACAACAAAAAUUCUUAUGAAUUGAAUAGAAAAAUAGAUGAUUUAAAAAGAGGUGUUGGAAACAAAGAAGAUUACACUAUUUUAGAAAGGAAAUUAACUUUAAAAAAUGAAGAAUUAAAAAAAGAAAUGAUAAAUAAUAUGAGUUCUUUAAAAGAACAGCAAGAUUUAAAAAUAAAAAUUAAAGAAGAUAGAAAUAUCUAUAGAAAAGAUUUACAACAUAUUUAUCAAAAAUUUCUUUAUUUAAUUUUGAACAUUUUACUACGUGAUAAAAAAUAUAAAAUACAAAAGAAUUUUUUUAUUACUUGGUUAAAUAAUGUGAAAAAUAAAAAAAAAGCAACAAAGAAAAUAAUUAAAUCUUUAUGCAAAAAAGAAGAGUAUUUAUUAUCCUAUAGUGUAAAAAAAUUAAAGAAUAACUGUUACGAAAUACAUUUGAAGGAUAUAAUUGCCUCUAUGUUAGAUAUUAAUGCAAAUGAUAAUAAAACAAAUUAUGGUUAUAUAGAUAAUAUUCAAAAAAGUAAAAAGAGCAAUGUAUAUUUAAAUUUCAAUAAUAAUAAUAAUAAUAAAAUGAAAAAAAGUAGCUUAUUAAUUAACUGUGACAAUGCUAAUAAGACCAAAAAAAGUGAAGCUUCAAUUUUUUAUGGUAAUUUUGAUAAUAGUAAAAUAAGACAAAGUGAAAUAUCCAAUACUUAUGAUGGUUUUGAAAAUAUUUUAUACAAAAAGAGUGAUAUAACAAAAUUUUAUGAUGACAAAAAUAAUGAAAAUAACGAUUAUGAUAAAAAUAAUUCUUUUUAUGAGGCAACCCGAGAAUCAAAUUACAACAUAGAAAAAGUAUAUGAUAGAUUUCUUUAUCAAAUGAAAGAUAAAGCUGACAAAAAAAAUGUAGAUAUAUUACAUCAAACUAUUAAAAAGUUAAAUUAUAAAAUCAAUGAAAUUAAAAACACAUUAGAAAUGCAAAAAAAGAUAAACGAAGAAUUAUUCAAAAAUGUGCCAUUAGAAAAAAUUUCUUCAAAUUACAAGAAUAGUAUAAAUAGGAAAUUGUCAGAUACAGAUUAUAAUACCUCAAUUGAUAAUAAUGAUUCGUUAAAUAUUCUUUCAGAAAAAACCUUAAGUGAAUAUUUAUUAAAUAAAAAUACGUCAAGAAAUAUGAGUAAAAAUAAUAAUACAAGUAGAAAAUAUGUUAUAAAAAAAAAAAAUGAAGAUGAUAAAAUGUUUGAGCAUUAUAGAAAAAAAAACUCGGAUGAUUUAUCAAAAAAAAAAAUAUAUGAUAAUAUAGAUAAAUGGAAUUUAAAUAAUAAAUAUUCCAAAAAUAAUUCUAUGGAUACAGUAAAUGUCGAUAAAAAUUACGUAAAUCAAAGAAAAUUAAAAGAUAAUGCAGAUAAUAUAUAUAUAAAAAAUAAAAAGAAUAAUAUAAAAAAAGAUUUCAAUGAUAAUAAUAAUGAUAAUUAUUCUCCAUCUAAUAUUAGGCUUAUCCUAAGAACAGGAGGAGGUUUUAGAAAGUUAAGCGAACACGAUCAGAAAAAUUAUAUAGAAAAAAUAAAUUUCUUGAAUGAUAAUAAUUUAUUAGGCUAUGAAACAAAUUUAAAUAUUAAAAUAAAGGGACCUCCGUUUAUUCAAAAUGUGCCAAAUAAUAUUCAAAAUACAUUCAAAAAAGAAAAAAGACAUAGAUCUCUUUCUAAAUUUUAUAAUAUGCAUUAA